CUCUCUUGCGCUCUCUUCCCCCCCUGUCGCAUACCCCUUCCCUAGACAUGCACGCGACUAUCAACCGCAAUUGGCUGUUGGCUUGAUCAAGGACAUCGGAUAUACUAGUGGGGCCACGACACCAUGCCUGGUUCUCUUCUACGUUCCAAGAAGCGAAGGGUGUAUGCAGAGCGCUCUCCUUUCUCAUCCCCUUGCGAUUCAAGGGAGGGAUCAGCUUUCUUUAGAAAUGAAGCACAGAGAGGUGGUCCCAGAUCUAAGCAUGAGCAAGAACACGCCGGGCAUUCAGAGGACGAUGAGACGAUUGAUGACAACGACAAUGACGACGACGACAAUGACGAGGAGGAAAAUCCACACGACUCAACACCUCUGCUACCCAUCUUUUCCACAUCUCAUUUAGAUUCACUUCCAGUGUACAACAUCACCCAUGCCAUACGCUCCCUAAUUGCUGCCCGCUGUGAGACCACUCUUACUUGGGACCAGCUGCGUUCCCCGCAGAUUUCGCAGUUCCUCGUGAAGCCCGUUCAACAAAAGAUAUUGGCAUCUCAUUUCUCCCGGGCUACGCUGUACGCGCUGAUGGCCAAUUGCCUUCAAUUCAAUAAGGAAGUGCAUCUGCAUCCUGGAAACAGUGGUACAAGCCAGAGCAGGGCCAUGAUGAGCGAGCUUCUCGCCAUAAAAUUGCUAAAAGAGUAUACAACGAGAGAGUUGAUCGACGCUUUAUCCUACGAGUUCUACCCUCUGCAAGGACAAACGUCACCUAAGCAUCUAAGCCCACGGUUGCCAGGUGGGAAGCAGCAGACCAGCACUGCUCGAGUAUCCUGCCUUGAGGUGGCUAUUCGCGCUCAGGCUAAACGCUUUCUAUCUCAUCCUGUGGUUGUUCAACAACUGCAAGCGAUCUGGGCUGGCACCAUAGUCUUCCAUUCCGCUGCCGACAACCUUCAUCGUCAGCCAACGGCCCGCGUUGGAAAUAUAACGACCUAUGGCACAACUCCCAGUAACCACAUAUCUAGGAGACAUUUUCUUGAUCAGCAAGGUAGCCUCUUUUCUGAACAAGACCUCAUGUCGCCACGCCGUUCGGUGACUCUCUAUGAUCCCCGAGAUGCCUCACUAUUUAAGCUCUCUAGGCUGAGGGUGCCUCUGUACCGACAUUUGUUGUCAACACUUUCGUUUGCAAUAUUGCUAGUGCUAUUCCUUGCUGUCUUGAGAGAGCAACGACUUGAGAUUACUUUGCUGGAGAUUGUUUUCUGGUUUUGGAGUGCGGGGUUCAUGCUGGACGAAAUCGUUGGAUUUAACGAGCAAGGUUUCAGUCUCUACCUGAUGAGUUUUUGGAACAUAUUUGAUCUGGGAAUCCUGCUCCUUUUGUUCUGUUAUUAUUGCAUGCGUCUCUAUGGUGUCGUGAUUCCCUUCACUUGCAGUGAAGCCCUCGCAGCUAAGGCAUAUGAUGUGCUCGCAGCAAACGCGGUUCUUCUAUUCCCCCGACUUUUCUCGACCCUUGAUCAUUAUCGCUAUUUCUCCCAACUCCUAAUUGCAUUUCGAAUAAUGGCAGCGGACCUUGUAGCCGUGAUCUUCUUGGUUGUCGUUGCAUGCAGCGGCUUCUUCGUCGCCUUUAUGUCAUUUAGCAAUGAUUAUGCCCCCGGCUCAGUCGUAUACGCCUUAUUCCAGAUGCUGAUGGGGUUUACCCCGACUGCAUGGGCGCUCUGGGACGAGUAUAAUUCCUUGGGCAGGGCCAUUUUGACCAUCUUCCUUUUCAUCUGCCACUUUGUUGUUGUUACCAUCCUCAUUACCGUUCUCACCAACUCCUUCAUGGCCAUUGUGCAGAAUGCCAACCAAGAACACCAGUUUCUGUUCGCUGUCAACACCAUCUCGAUGGUCAAGUCCGACGCACUUUUCUCCUACGUGGCACCAACGAAUAUCCUAGCUUGGCUGAUUACCCCCCUCCGGUACUGGAUGCCUUUCCGUCAAUUUAUCAAAUUGAACCGAACUAUAAUCAAAAUUACUCACUUUCCUAUUCUGUUCACUAUUUGCCUAUACGAGAAGACAAUACUCAGCUCCAAAGUCAUCCAGCACACGGAUCUUAUAGAACGACAAGCUCGCACUGAAGGAGCACAACGAGUCCGACAAAUGCCUCGAAGUCGCCUUCAGACCUUCAGGCGGAAUGCUUCCCGCUUCUUUCGGGAACCGUCGGUGACGACCUUCCAGAAAGACCGUGCGUUGGAGGAUGUAUUUCGAUGGCCCAUCAAAGGUGAGCUCGUUCAGGAGCCCAUUAGCAGUGUUCAGCGGCAGCAGAGCAGCAAUAUUGUGCGAAAUUGGAUACGAGAUAUCGAAACUGGGCCUACGCAUCCACCAGAGGAGCAACACUCUGAUGAGGUCGACCAUUUGGAGAUUCCGACUAGGUUACGAUCGGCCUUUCGCAGGACACAUUCUGGAACCUUGCGUGAUUUCACAGAAGGAACGCGGUCUGUCGCAUCAAAUCCCGAGGACUUCUCGACCCACGUCAUCUCGCCUCGAGCAGCUCCUCAUCGUCCUAAGAGAUUCUGGCCGCGGACUAGAAUAAGGCCGCUCUCACCUCCUGCGGUAAGUGAAGAAGGUGAUGACGAAUUCACCAGUGGAGAUAACGGAGACAAUGAAGAUGAGGCCUCUGCCGAUGAUAGACAGUCGACUAGCCAGCUAUCCCCUGCAGAACAUGCGGCUGGGAGCUCCGGUAAGUCAGCUCCAAAGUUUUACAGCUCUCGACCAUCUACAGCAAGGCUCUUGUCCCGUAAGAACAGCCCUACUCGGCGGUCCAAGGGCCAUUCUCGGAAUAUAUCAGCCGCGACCAUCCUCCACAAUCUCUCUCAUGAUGGAAGUGACGCUGAAGAUAGCACCACUCCUUCGCUGUACAUACGAAGUGGAAUAAAAACUCCUCGCCGUGUUGAUGAGGUAGCGAUUCCCUCAUCUGCCAAUCAAUCGAGAGUCAGGAGACGCAGCCUUGAUGAAAUGCGUGACUUUGACGCGGCUCUCCCGAGAUCUAAUCCCUUAUCUGUGCCGAACACUGACGGCUCUUUCAUCGGCCGGCUACCAAGUCAAGGCAAUCAUGGAUUUCGGGUCCCUUUUGAGCUGGGCUCUGACUUAGGCGAUAACAAAGCAGCCGUCACAAGUGGUCUUGUGGCGCCAGUACCUUCCAGUUUCUCUACACAUAUGGCAUAUGCAACUGGCGGUCUCCGUCACGUGGACAGCGGAACCGCCAAUCAGGCCAUGCUCAGCAAGCUUGUCCUCGCUCGCAUGAACAAUAUCGAGGAAGGGUUCCGGGAAGUGAUCAAGGAAGUGAAGGAUCUUCGUCGAGAGGAGUCGACUCGAGGCCAGGGCAAGCCGGAUGCCUUGCGAAAUGCGCAGCGACACAGGAAGAAACGGGUGGAUAAAAGGGAGACGAAAGGAAGCGGGAAGAACAGCGAGGAACGCCGGUCGAAUGAGCCGGGUAAAAGCCCUAUGCAAGGAGGCAUUAUAGCUUCUGGGUGAAAUAGAAACAUCUACUUCCGAGUCUUAUUGCGAGUCUUAAUUGUACUUGUUUGGCACAUUCUCUGCAGCCACAGUCCAACUUUCCUUUUUUUCUUCCUUGUGAUGCAUGGGAUUAUUCGGCGGCUCUUGUCAUGAUCUCUAUCUAAUGCUGGCU